AACGCAAAUGGACAAGAACAUAAGUUCAAGGCAUCCCACAUCACCAAAAAGUUGGACAUUGUCUUCUUCUUCAUCUAUAUAUAAUCCUCCUCCUCUGUCAUCUCCCCCCAAACCAAAACUUGCUUUAUAGUCUCUGAUAGUUUUUGUUCAUUCUGUCUUCCGGAACUGUGCCAUGGAAAUUCAGUUCCACAGGCAGCAGGAGGGAUCGCGGGUGUCUCUCUCACCCAACAAGCGGAGCAGCGGCAGUCUUGGAAAGUCCAAGGGGCCAUCGGGAAUGGGGAUGAACUCUGCCAGGACCAAGUUUGUCGGGGUGAGGCAAAGGCCCUCGGGCAAAUGGGUGGGGGAGAUCAAAGACACGACCCAGAAGAUACGGAUGUGGCUAGGGACUUUCGACACGGCCGAGGAAGCUGCGAGGGCCUACGACGAGGCCGCCUGCCUGCUUCGCGGGUCCAAUACCCGAACCAACUUCUCCAACCGGAGUGCUCCCAUAAACUCCGCUCUUUCCAUCAAGAUCAGGAAGCUCCUUAAUCACAAACUAAGCUUGAAAAAGAAGCCGAUUCCCGUGCCAGAUUCCACGGUGCCACCCUCCAGCGUCGUGUUAACGAGUUCUCCUACCAGCAGUAACAGCUAUAACUGUAAUGGCAGCGGUGUUAAUUCCCCAUCUAGUGGCAUUCGAUCCCAAGAUGCCCAGAUGUUUAGCUCGGAUGCAUAUAGACCUGACUUGAGCUACUGUACUGGUAUAUAUGAACCGAACAUAUCCCAGAAUGACUACUCGUGGGCAGUCAUGCCUGGGUUUAGUUAUGGCUACCCCAUCACGUUAAUCCAGGAGGCAGAGGAGGUACUGAGACAGGAUUCAUUGUUCGCGGGAGCAGGGGAGGCCGCAGAGCUGAGUGAGUUCGAUCGCAUGAAAGUGGAAAGGCAAAUCUCCGCAUCUCUAUACGCAAUGAACGGGUUGAAUGAGUGCUUGGAUAAGUCGUAUAAUAACUUGGACGAAGCUCCAUCACUGUGGGAUCUCCCGACUCUCAGUCGGUUGUUCUGUCAGGGCUGACUUCACUCUCACUACCCAUUGAGAACAUAGGAGUUGAUCCGGUUCCAAUGUAAUGGAGGAUUCUGUUUUUUCAUGUUCAGUUGAAUAGAUGUCUCCGAGGAAGUCGGGAAGUAACUGGGAAUCAAAACUUGUAAUAUUGCGAAUUCGAAUCGGCCUUGGAAUGCAGUCAUCAAAUAGCUUGGUUGCGAUAA